AUGGCAACGAUUGAGCGUGCGUUCGGUGUUACAAAUAUCAAACAUCACAUUCCAGUCAUUUUAGAUCUUGACGUCUUUAACUAUGACGCAUGGAGAGAGUUGUUCUUAACUCACUGCUUAGCUUUUGAUGUCUUAGGACAUGUUGAUGGAACAGCGGUUCCGCAAGGUGAUGACGACACGCCUUGUAAGAAAAGAGAUAGGCUUGUGAAGCUUUGGAUCUACGACACUUUAGCUCCACCACUCUUCAAAACCGCUUUCAAAACUGGAGGCACCGCUAGGGAUGCUUGGCUGCGUAUCGAAAAUCAAUUUCGAAACAACAAAAAGGCUAGGGCGAUUCAACUGGACAAUGACCUCCGCACCAAGGAGAUCAAUGACCUGUCUGUUCAUGACUACUCACAAAGCCUCAAGUCCUUAGCUGACUUACUGGAGAAUGUAGAAGCGCCAAUAAGUGACAAGACCUUAGUGAUGUAUAUGUUGAACGGCUUAAAUGAGAAGUACGGUCACAUCAUUAACAUGAUCAAACAUCAGAAACCUUUCCCAUCAUUUGAGGAAGCGAGAAACAUGUUGGAAAUGGAGGAGACACGGCUGAAGAAAACUCACAAAGUCACCAUCGCUCACUCCGAUCACUCCUCCUCCUCAACGACUAUUGUCGCCUCUGAUCAGCCUCCAAAACAGAGCUACAAUCAGCAACGCAAUCAACCGCGCAACAACAGAGGCAACCGACAUGGUAACCGCGGGCGAGGUCGCUACAACAACUACAACUACCAACAGCGUCAUCCUUACGGCAACUGGGGCAUGCCUACGCCGUUCUGGCCAAAUCAGUACAACAAUUGGCAGAACCCUCAGACGCCAUCUUGGAUGAUGCAAUCCACAAACGGAUACAACCAGCGUCCAUACACUCUGCGCCCAAACACGCAGGAAGCUCAUAUAGCAGCUCUUGGUCUUCAACCAACAACUGACUUUGCGGAAUCCUUCAACACAAUGUCUUUGGCUGAACCAUCACCAAAUUGUUACAUGGACUCUGGCGCGACUUCCCACCUAGCAUCGUCUUUAGGUAUACUCCGAUUUGUCCUUAAAAUGAACACCGGAAACUCAAUUGUGGUUGGUAACGGUUCCUCAAUCUCUAUACACGCUUCUGGUUCAUCUUUCAUUCCUUGCAAAAACAGAUUUCUUGCUCUUAAAAAUGUGCUUGUUGCUCCUCAGAUUGUUAAAAAUCUUAUUUCAGUUCGUAAGUUCACAACUGAUAAUUGGUGUUCCAUAGAGUUUGAUCCGUUUGGUUUUUCUGUGAAGGAUCUUCAGUCGCGGAAAACACUUCUCCGCAGUGAAUCCUUAGGAGACCUGUACCCUGUGCCGGCCUCCCUCAAUAAGUCUCACCAGCACUCCACUUUCGUUGCUGAGACACCUUCUCUAUGGCAUAAACGAAACAAGAGUGAUGUUUUUGCUAAAUUCUUACAUUUCUUUGCUCUUGUGAAAACUCAGUUCAAGUCAUCAAUCAAAGCUUUCCAAUGUGACAAUGAAGGUGAAUACAAGAACUCCAGGUUUCUUAAGCAUUUUGCCACCAAUGGGAUCAAUGUCAGAUUUUCAUGCCCUCACACUUCUCAACAAAAUGGAAAAUCUGAGAGGAUGAUCCGAACUAUCAAUAAUGCCAUUCGAUCUCUCUUAUUUCAAGCCAAAAUAUCUCUGAUUUACUGGGCCGAGGCUCUCAACACAGCUGCUCAUGUGCUAAACAUCUUACCUUCCUCUGCCAUUGCUAAAACAGAAACUAAAAACAUUACUUACGGUUUUCUGGAUCCCGAUGACCAACCUUCCCCACUCUUCAGAUCAAUUCUUGAGUCCGGUCAGGUACCUCACGUACCGACUGAAACUGUUUCCCCAGCUGCACCUCCUGUCGCAUCUACUCAUUGUGCUCAGGUAGCAAAUCCUGCUCCUACACGAAUGACAACAAGAGGUCAGGCUGGAAUCGUAAAGCCUAGAAAAAUAUUCACUCUUUACUCAUCUUUUGUGUCUCAUCUCCCAACCACACAUCAAAAAGCUUUAGCAGAUCCAAACUGGAACCCUGCCAUGGCUGAUGAGUACGGUGCUCAGGUUAAGAAUAAGACUUGGAGCCUAGUACCUAGACCGUACGAUGCUAACAUUAUCAAUUAUCUAUGGUUGUACAAGCAUAAAUUUGAUGUAGAUGGUGUGCCUAAGCGACACAAAGCAAGAUUGGUUGCAAAUGGAAAAACACAAACAGCUGGAGUAGACUAUGAUGAGACUUUUAGUCCUGUUGUCAAGCCAUCCACAAUAAGGACGGUCCCUAACCUGGCGCUCAGCAAAGGCUGGGAACUUAGACAAUUAGAUGUCCAGAAUGCUUUUUUACACGACACCAUCUCUGAGAGUAUCUAUAUGCAUCAGCCACCAGGAUUUGUAGACAAGAACCAUCCUCACCAUGUGUGUAAGCUCAACAAGGCACUCUAUGGCCUAAAACAAGCGCCUAUAGCAUGGAAUGCUAGAUUCAGCAGCUACCUUCAUCGUCUUGGUUUUGUCUCCACAAAAUCUGAUGCAUCGCUCUAUGUUUACUGUCGCGGAAAGGACAUUGCUUACCUGUUACUUUAUGUUGAUGACAUUGUUCUUACAGGUUCUAGUCCCGCCUUGCUCACUCGGAUCAUAGCCAGUCUCAAAACAGAGUUCCCAAUGACUGACAUGGGCCGCUUGACAUACUUUCUGGGAAUCAAAGUUCAAUACAACAAAGCUGAAGGUGGUGACGAACUCAAGAAUCCUACACAGUACCGGAGCUUAGCAGGCACUCUUCAAUAUCUCACAUUCACUCUCCCAGAUAUAGCUUAUGGAGUGCAACAAUGUUGUCUCUUCAUGCAUGACCCUCGUGUACAACACUUAAUAGCUCUGAAACGCAUCAUCAGAUAUUUGCAAGACACCAAGACUUACGGUCUUCAGCUUUACAAAUCCUCUGUCGACUCCCUAACUGCGUAUUCAGAUGCAGACUGGGCUAGCUGCCCAGACACACGACGUUCUACAUCGGGUUAUUGUGUCUACCUAGAAGAUAACCUCAUCUCCUGGUCUUCAAAGCGUCAACAAACAGUAUCUCGCAGCAACGCUGAAGCUGAAUACAGAGGAGUUGCAAACACUCUAGCCGAAAUAUGCUGGCUUCGGAACCUGCUUCUUGAGCUUCACGUUCCAAUCACAAAAGCAACUCUCAUAUUCUGCGACAAUGUCAGCUCUGUGUACCUCUUCUCAAAUCCAGUAAAACACCAACGAACCAAACAUGUAGAAUUGGAUCUUCACUUUGUGCGGGAAAAGGUUGCUUUAGGUGAAGUUAAAGUCCUUCACGCCCCCUCUGCUUUUCAAUAUGCCGACAUCUUCACUAAAGGGUUGCCUUCUUCCCUGUUCAACUCAUUCCGAGACAGCCUGAUUGUUCGAAGCUUCAACGUCCAGACUGAGGGAGGGUGA